AUGAAGGCGUUGCCAACGGUCUCGGUUUCGAGUACGAACGUCGAAAGUGUUAACCAUAGCCGUGUGCUGUCCUCGCCGCGCGACUUGUCUGAUGCCACGGGGAAGAACUUCAUUCCCUUUCCGUCGUCGCCAAUUCCGUGUCCCGCAGGCCGCCACAUAGACGAGUUCGACGAGCAUGACGCCGACGAUGAAACCGACAUCUUGGAAAGCCUCGAGGUCUACGUGGAACAGCCCCCAGCGCUCUCUGACUCGCAGAAUGUUCCUCGCCGCCGUUCCCGGUCCUGCCUCGCCACCUCGUCCUUCCACAGCGACAAUGCCGGUGGUGUUCCACAGGCCCCGUCCAGCUCCCGCCGUGCGUCAAAGAGCACCCAUAGCCGUCUCUCACCCGCAUUGCGCGCGUCUAAGUCGCAGCCGCGGGCGCAAGGAACUUCUGUGCGGAGGCACAGCGUGAGCGCUGGGAAUGCUGAGCCGACGGCCCCGAGACGCGCCAAAAGAGGAAAGAAGAUCUCCGAUGUGCAAUAUCUGGCGCUGGUACAUCGCAGCAUUGCUCUAAGGGCAAGAAUGGAGGAUCCGCGCGAUGCAUUUGUGGCCCAGGAUGUGGCUCUCGCGCGGCGCCUGUGGCAGACGCUCGUCGAGCACGGUCUCAGUCCCAUUCCCUUGGGACCUGCAGUCAGUGGCCCUUACAUGACUGCGAUGAGUGAGAAGGAAGGCUCUGAUGUACCCGAGACGCCCCCUCCAUCCCCGACGUUCGAAUCCGAGCUUGCCGCCGUCCCGUGCUCUCCGCUGCCCGAACCUGCAACUGAGACUCCUCCUGUCCUGUCCAUGCCUCAACUCGUAGCAUCUCUGACGCUGCGCUAUCGUGAGCGAUGCUCGUCCCGCUCCCGCUCGUCCAGCGGGAAGGCAGACUCGGUCGCGAAUGAGGACAAGACUCGGCGUCCGUCGUCAGCGCUGGCACGCGUCACAUACUCGAGUGCGAGCUUAGAGCCGGACACAGAGGACGCCUCCGUGGUACAUGGGUCCUCGGCGUGA